AUGAGUGUAAUGGCCACUACUGUACAAAGUGUAACUGUUAAGGACGUUUGCCCACAAGAAUUCAUUGCUCACUACGCCAAGUUCUUGAAGAAGACUGGUCGUGUCCACAUCCCAAGAUGGGUCGACAUUGUCAAGACUGCCACCCACAAGGAGCUCCCACCCUCAAACCCAGACUGGUUGUACGUCCGUAUUGCCGCCUUGGCCCGUAAGGUAUACCUCCGUGGUGGUGAUGGUGUUGGAUGUUACAGAAAGGCCUUUGGUGGAAACCGUAGAGAUGGUGUCCGUCCAAACCACUUCCACCAAGCCAACGGUGGUGUCAUCCGUUACUGCUUACGUCAAUUGAACGUCUUGAAGGUCAUCGAAACCGACUCACUUAAGGGUGGAAGAAGAAUCACCGCUACCGGACGUCGUGAUCUCGAUCGUAUCGCCAAGCCAAUCUAUAUGAUUAAAGGUCAACAGAGAUGGAAAUAA